CCGGUCGCCAAGAGCCACGUCUUGUGGGAGAGGCCGCAGGGGAGAGCGGCUGGAGAGUGUGUGUCCUGGGGGAGGAAGAGUGGGGACAGACAGAGGUGUGAGGGAGAGGAGCAGCACUGCCCCCCGAGUCCUUGCUGGUUUAUUCAAGACUGUCUUCAGAAGUUGUAUUAUGAUCUGUGAAUCUGCGUAUGGAAGCUAUCCCCUCAGUAAAUCUAAUAUGAGCACAUUGACUCAAGUGGAGAGGAAAAGAAAAUUGUAGAAUAAACGCAAGCAAAACCGUAAUAAUACUGUGCAAUCACAAAGUAAGGAGUCAAAGCCAUGGACCCUCCACUGGCCUCUCAUAUAGACCCAGUGCCUCCAAUUUCCAACAUUCAACUAGAAUCCACAUAUGCCAAAGACACACUUAACAUGCCUGUUGGUGGGGAAGAAAAUAAUGUACCAAGUAUUAAUUCAACCAACUUACCAAAGGGAGGUAGCAAUAUGAAGACCAACGGCUUAGAGGACGCCUGCCAAAAUGGACCACAGUCUCUCUACCCAGAACUUCGUUCAUCUACGGACUCUAUCAGUAGCCCAGGUGUGGCUGGUUUCCAUGACAACCUAUUGGAGUCUAGUACUGACAGCGUAGUUCUUAGAAAAGAAGCUUUGCAGUCGCUGAAGCUAAGCCUUCACAUGCAGGAAACUGACCUGUGUUCCAUUGAAACUCCCCUUCCUCUGGAGAGAGAGGAGCAAAUCCGCCUGCAAGCUAGACGCCGACUUGAGGAGCAGUUGAAGCAAUACAGGGUGAAGAGGCAUCAGGAAAGAUCUAAACAGCCCACUUCCAAAAAUCGCCCCUCAAGUACAUUGGAUCCUGAACUAAUGUUCAACCCAGAAAAUCUGCCUCGGGCCAGUACUGUUGCAAUGACUAAAGAGUAUUCAUUCUUGCGUACCAGUGUCCCACGAGGACCAAAGCUGGGCAGUCUUGGACUUCCAGAAUCCUCCAAAGAGAAGAAGUCUUCUAAGUCCUCAAAGUCUUCCAGUAAAAUACGUUCAUUGGCAGAUUAUCGGAAAGAAACAUCUGAAGGCAGCAGUAACAUGGGAUAUUCGGAUACAUCCCCAGGGUCCUUGAAAUCUAACAGAGGGAGCAUGACAUCAGUAGUAUCUGAAAUCAGUGUGGACAGGGGGGAACCUUUAGAGAACUCAAGCUAUGCAGACAACAGCUCAGAACUGGAAGGAAGCGAUGUAGGCACAAGACACGACGGCAAUGAGAGUGACAGUUCCACCUAUAGUAGUGUAUCAGCUGGAACAGGAGCAUAUUUAGCCUAUUCAUCUCUCAAAAGGGAAGAAGUGUAUACCGUGAAUGGCCAGACCAUAUCAGCAGAAGAUGUUGGACAGUAUCCUUCACUCAGAGAUGUACUUAAAGCUGCUAGUGCUGAACAACAUGCUCAAGAGCAAGAAAUUAAUGGAGAACCCAGAAGCAGACGCGAUAGCAUAUCAAGCAGUGUUUCCAUGGAAAGCUCUAUUGCGGGGACUCAUGAUGAACUACUGCAAGUUCUCAAGGACAAAAUGAGGCUUGAAGGGCAACUUGAAACUAUAAGUUCAGAAGCAAGCCAGGCUUUAAAAGAAAGAGCUGAGCUGCAAGCCCAGUUGGCAGCAGUAAAUGCUAAACUACAAGCUGAAAUGGAGCACAGGCAAACCAGCCAGCAAAAGCAGGAAUCUUUAGGUACCGAAGUGAUCAGUUUAAAGAAAUCUUGUCUAGAUCUGGAAAGGGCAAUGGCAGACUUACAGAACAGCUUGGAGGCAAAGAAUGGAAGUCUAGCGUCUUUGGCCAAUGACUUGCAAGUGGCAGAAGAGCAGUAUCAACGGUUGAUGGGGAAAGUAGAAGAACUCCAGAGGACAAUCAUUCAGAAAGACAACACAGUGCACGAUUUGCGCCAGCAAUCAGUGUCACUGCAAUAUCAGCUACAGCAAGUGCAACUAGACCGCACCACACUUACCAACAAACUGAAGGCUUCCAAGACCGAGAUUGCUUCCCUGCAGCAGUCACGUGAGUGGUACCAACAGCAGCUGUCACUGGCCCAAGAAGCUAGGGUUCGACUUCAAAGCGAGAUGGCAAACAUACAGGUUGGGCAGAUGACACAGGCUGGAUUUUUGGAACACCUUAAAAUAGAGAAUGUGACUCUUUCACACCAGCUCACGGAAACGCAGCAUAGAUCAAUAAAGGAAAAAGAGCGUAUUGCUGCACAGCUUCAGAACAUUGAAGCUGACAUGCUGGACCAGGAAGCUGCCUUUCACCAGAUACAAGAAGCAAAGGUCAUGGUGGAGGAAGACCUCCAGAGGAAGCUGGAGGAGUUUGAGGUAGAGAAGGAGCAGUUACAGAAGCUAGCAGACUCCGCCAGUGCUCUAGAACGUGAGCUUGAGCAGUUGAAGCUCGGUUUGCAUCAGAAGGAUUUGCAGGUUGAAGCUCUUCAGCAGGAGCACCUAGAUAUCUUGAAGCAGCUUACAUUGACCCAAGAGACUCUGAACACCAAAGACCAGUCCCUGAGUGACCUGCAAAUGCGAUAUGAUGAGCUUGAGAGCAAGUUGGAAGAACUCCAAAGUGAUUCUUUGACUAAAGAUGACACAAUCCAAUAUCUUCAGAACCAAAAGAUUGUCCUUGAGGUGGCCUUGGAAGCAGCUAAGAUGGAGCAUGAAGAAUUGGGCCAGGAAGCCAAAAACUUGGAAGAUGGAACAGAUGCUGCUGCAGAAAUUUUAGAAAAGCUACGUCAAGAUCUUGCUGUUAAAUCUAGUCAGGUGGAAUAUUUGCAGCAAGAGAAUGUCAGUAUGAAGAAACAGACCCAGAAAGUGAAAGAACAGUAUCUUCAGCAAAAAGUGAUGGUGGAAGCGUAUCGGAGAGAUGCUAGCUCCAAGGACCAACUCAUAAGUGAGCUAAAGUCUACCAAGAAGAAGCUGGACUCGGAGGUUAAGGAGUUAAGAAAAGAACUGCUGAGGCUACAGGGUGAGAAGUCUACAGCAGAGGUAGAACAGGCACGGAUUAAGAAAGAGAUGUUGCAAAUCCAGCAGCAAGUGGAUGAACUUGAAUCCCAUCUCCAAGCAGCGCAGAAUGACCGGGAUGAAAUGGAACGCCGCCUACAGUCUCUUCACUUUGACAGAGAUCAGUUAACCAUCCUGACAAAGGACAAUGCUGCUUUGAAAGAGCAAGUAGAUCAGAUGCAAAAUGAAGCUAAAAAGGCGAUUACAGAGCAAAAACAGAGGAUGAAACGAUUGGGUACAGACCUGACAAGUGCUCAGAAGGAGAUGAAAGCUAAACACAAAGCAUAUGAAAAUGCAGUGGGCAUCCUGAGUCGUAGAUUACAGGAAGCACUAACCGCAAAGGAGACUGCUGAGGCGGAGCUAAACAAACUUAAGGCGCAAUUCACAGAAGGAGGGGACUCUCAAGCCUUCCAGGAGAAACUGAACAGUUUGAAGACUGAGCUACAAGCCGUCAGCAAUAGUAAGGCAAUGCUGGAGCGGGAACUCCAAGAGGUAAUUUCUCUGACAAGUCAAGAGCUGGAGGAAUACAGAGAGAAAGUCCUUGAGUUAGAAGAUGAGCUUCAAGAAUCUCGUGGCUUUAAACGCAAGAUUAAACGUUUGGAAGAGCUGAAUAAGAAACUGACACUGGAGCUGGAACACGAGAGAGGGAAACUGACAGGACUUGGACAGUCUAAUUCUGCAUUACGGGAGCACAACAACAUCUUGGAGGCAGCUCUGGCAAAGAGAGAAGCAGAUCUGAUGAACCUGAAUCUGCAGGUUCAAGCUGUCCUUAAACGCAAAGAGGAGGAAGACCGACAAAUGAAAGAAUUGGUUCAGACUUUACAAGAUUCCCUGGAGAAAGAAAGAGCUAAAGUCAGCAGUUUAGCAGAUCAGGUUGCAGCAACCAAGGCAGAAGCGGCACACAACAGACGGCACUACAAAGCCGCAGCUUUAGAGCUGAGUGAAGUAAAGAAGGAGCUUCAGGCCAAAGAGCAGCUAGUGACAGCACUGCAGGCUGAAGCUGAGAAACUGCAAUCCCAGGAUGGGAAACAUUCAGAGGAGCUGGCGCAGUUCCAGCAAGACCUGGCAGAAGCCCGAUCUCAGCUAGUGCUAAUGCAGAAGGAGCUUGACGAGCAAUUGAGCAAAAAGCCGCAAGUCAACCAGGAGUUGGAAGACCUGAAGUGGGAGUUGGAGCAGAAGGAGCAUGAGAUUCAGUCCUUGAGGCAGCAGUUGGAUAUGACUGAGCAGCGCAGCAACAGGGAACUGGAGGGUGUUCAGACAUUACUGCAGAACUUGAAAUCGGAGGUGGAAGUUGUGCAGGAUGAUCUCACAAUGACCCAGAAGGACAAAUUUAUGCUGCAGGCAAAACUGACAGAGUUAAAGAAUAGCAUGAAAACCUUGCUCCAGCAGAACCAGCAGUUAAAGCUGGAAUUGAGACAGAGCCGCUUUAAAAAGAGAAAGGAACAAAAAGGAGAUGUUACCUCCUCCAAUCCUGUGACUCCGGUGAAGAUUCCAGACUGCCCUGUACCUGCCUCACUUUUAGAAGAGCUGCUGAAACCUCCAUCGGCAAUCAGCAAAGAGCCUAUCAAAAACCUAAACAGCUGUCUGAAGCAACUCAAACAGGAAAUGGACAGCCUCCAGCGGCAGAUGGAAGAGCACACAAUAACCGUACAUGAAUCUAUGACAUCCUGGAACCAAAUCGAAGGAAGGUUACAGGAUGUCACAGCACCUGAAGCCCAAGUAUUGACCAGUGCUAGCUUUCCUGUGAAGGACCAGAACUCUAACAGUGACCCUGACUUUGAGAGAGCAGGGCAGUAACCAUUGGCUGGCAUGGUAUAUCCCAGCAGUGUUUGCAGUCUGGGAGACAAGCAUUUUUGUGUGUGUCCUUGCCUGUCAUCUCUAAAACUGUACGCACAGCAAGAAAGCACAGUGCAAAAAAAUAUAUACUGAAUUUAAGGUUGAACGCUUAAAAAGACAAGAAAUCUGCUUCCAAAAACAAUGCCUGGUUAUAAAUUCCACAUGUGAUAACAGCAGAAAAAAAAAAGAAAAUGGCAUUGAGACUUGCGUAAACAUGGCAUGAAUAUGGUUAUAGCCCACCAGCACUGUAUGUGCAUGGUGCGUUAAUGUAUUGUAUGAAAUGUUUGGAACAUGCUUAACCAUAUCAAGUGAUUUGCUCCUGGGCAGUCAUAUAUUCUAUUGUGUAAGUAUUUUCUUCCAUUCCUAAGUUAUCACCUGAGCUGUUAUUCUGAAUCUAUCUCUUAAACACUCUUGUUGUGUAAUAAGAGCAAUAAUGCACCUUUAUACAGAACAGUUUUCUGAAAACAAGACAUACAUUCAAAUUGCAAAAAAAAAAAUUUCCGUAGCACUUUUUUUUGUUCUCUAUGUUCCUUGCUCUUAAAGUGCACCUGCCAUGCAAAAAAUGGGGUAGAUGGCAUUUGCUGCUUGUGAUGCAGCACUUUUAGAUAAUGUUUUACUCCAUAUUCAAUACUGUAUGUUGUAUCUCCAUGCUUGUGGCAUAGAGGUAUAAGCAGUAGUAAUACUGGUAAAUGGGGCUACAUGUACCUCUGCACAUCCUGAAAUGCAUGCAAGAAAAAAUCCAGAAUACGUAAAUAUUUAAAAAAUAGUUUCCCAGAUUUGCAAGCACCAAAUGAACAGGCUUUACCAAUGGUGCCCAUUGUUGGACAGAUAAUGGGGAGGUAAAAUGUCCCUGAAUUAUGAGAGGCUGCAAAUGGACUGUCUUGAGGGGCCAAGAGAACCCCAAUUUUAUAUGAAACUAUGGAGGCACCCUAAAACUAUACACCAUAAAAACUACUAUAUGUUGUAGUAGUUGUGGUCCUUAGACUGCCACUCUAAGUCACACAGUUCACUUUGUCUCUACUUGUCACUGCAUUGUAAAAACGCUGUACUACGCAUUUAAAAUUGUUUACAAAUAAGUUACUAAUUUGUUUUUUGUAGAAAAUUUAUUUCGAUGACUAAAUGCCAAGCGCAUUCAUAUCCAAUUCCUUUUGCUGUGUGCUCCCUAAUGCAAUUUGUGUAUUUUCCAUUUGUGAAUAUAGAUUUACCAAUUGGUAAGAUGUUACAGAAUUAAUACUCAAAUAUUGUAUGGAGGAAAGUUGGCAGAUUGAUUAGUUGGAUCCACAGGAUAACUUUCAAGUUUUCACCUGUCUAUUCUUCUUCAGGACUCAUGCUCAUUAAUUUGGUAUUUAACUGUCAUUAUUAGCAAUGGGGUUUGGGUGUAUAAUCAAGUUAAUUGGCAGUAAGUUAUAUCUCACGCUGUUGAGAUAUACAUAUUCUCUAAUAUAUUCCUAUUUGAAGCAUUUCCAUUGUAGUAUUUGGUACCUCUGUCAUCCUAUUUAUUUUUGCUACUAGCUCCAAUGAGUGUGAUUAAACAAAUACUGUUGGUAAGAGCUAACCUUACCAAUAAACACUUCCCUUGAUAAUCCCCCAACCUAAUGGAACCACAGGUAUUUGUAAAUUCCAUUUCAGAUGGUAUAAGACUGCCCUUAUUUCACAGGACUCCAGCCAUGUUUAAUUUGAAAAAAAUACUGGCUGAGCUAUGCAUGAAACACAAUAUCUCGAUCCAAUGACGUAACAAGGUUUGCUGUCAAUACACUGUGAACUUUGCAGAGAUAUUUAGUAGUCCUGUUUGACUUGUAUGAUAGAGAUUUGGUUUCAUCAUAUGCGAUAUAAUCAUCCAUUAUUAGGAUGUUUCAGAGUCCAAGACAGUGUGUAGUUUUGUUCAUUAACCUUUCUUUGUCUACAAAAAGCUUAUUACAAAAUAUUCUGCAUUGUUGAUGAUAGACCUCUUGAUACCUUCACAAGCUGCUUUGCAAUUAGCUGCAAGUUCAGCUAUGCAUUAUAAUGCUUUGGGCAGGGGAGAGAGGGGGUGGAAUCCUACCACCAUAUAUAUGCAGCCAUGGAAUUGUCUAACUGGUGAUGUCUUGCAGGAGUAAUCUGAGAGAGGUACUUCAAAAAAGUAAAUGUUUUAUAUUUUAUUGAAAUACUUACAUUAAUCUACAGUGUGUUCCAUCCUUUUAAAUGCCAUUGGUUCCCAGUAAUGCAUCUUUGCAUCAAAUUGCAAAGCUUGUACCCUCAUCACUAUAUGACGAAAUUAAAUGUUCUGGUUUAUUAUUGUUGGUAGUCUUUUUUUUUUUUUUUUUUUCUGUAAUCAUGCUGCUACUGAAAGCAUCUAAAAAUGUAUAUUUUUAGAUAUAAUGAAGCAUAGCACCGGUAAGUUUAUCUUUUUGUUUUAAUACAGAGAAUUUUUUUUCUUUGUGGAUUGUCAUACGGGUUUGUGCAUUUAUGUUGCUUUGUGCACCAUACCGCCAAGUUUAUUUUUGUUCUGUUCAUGCUCCAUCGCUGCUCAGUAAUGGAUGUAUGAAUUCUUUUUUUUUUUUUUUUUUUUUAUAUAUAUUCUCUAUCUAGAACAUGGGUAGAAAAACCUACAAGCUCCUCAGUUGUUGCUGAAUAACUACUCCCAUGUUGCUCAUCCCUCAUUAGUAAUCCGGUACAUGGUACUUUUUGACUUUAUGAAAAUAAAACAGACUGGUUUGAUCACCUCCCAAUAAGUUUAGAUUCAAUGCUCCUUAAAAUACUGUUACAGUGCUUACCUCUCAUACCAGGCAUGGUUUCUAAUUUAUAUUUCUGCCAUGUUAGUAUUUCAUGACUGGCAUGAUUGGACUAGAGCGAAGCUCUAUAUGACUAUUCUAAUAUAACAUACUAAAGUACAAUUAAAGUUAUAUUUAUUAGUUUUAAUUUAGCUAAUAUUUAUUUGUCAAAGAUAAAUCUAUGUAGUUUCAUAACCUUAUUACAACUGUUGGAAGGAUCAUGUGGUUUCUUUUUCACAAACCGGUUAUGUAGUUCAGAAGCUGCCUACAUUUAUCACAGCAUAGGGUGGGUAAGUAAUUCCAUUACAUUUUUAGGGCCAAUUGGUUGCCUAUUCAUGUUCUAUAUAGAGAUAACUUUCUGAUUGUUCUUUGGACAGUUUUUGGCAUUGUUUUUUUGUUUUCUUUUUCCCCUGCAACACUUUUUUUUUUUUUUACAUGAUCUAUAUGUUACUGAGUGAUAAUGGAAAAUUAAUAGACUGGUGGUUUUUGACAUUUUGAAAGUCUGGAUGUACUGCUUUUGUUCUGACUGUUUGCUUGAAUAUGUAUUGUAUUGUUUUGGAACGGUUUCCAAUAACACUGUUUAUAUGUGGUUUUAUUUAUAGAAAGAAAAAUGUAUCAAAGCAAGAUUAAUAUGAAAUGCGUACUUUUCCUAUAUAAUAUAAAGUUAAAUAUCUUAAACGAUUUAAAACUGUACAUAUAAUGCUGCAGUGUAAAGCAUGUGGAUAAAAUGAUAUGUGCAUAACAACUCUUUCAAGUUUUGUGCAAUAAACUAUUUUUGGUAAAAAAAAAAAAAAAAGAAAGUAAAAAGUUGUUACCAUUUUU